UACCUCCAACGUUGUCAAUUUUCUCAUUUCACGGCUUAUUGGCUUUAGGUAGGUGGCUGUAAUGCUACAUGUGCGACAGAUAAUGCGACCACUAUUACUGUCUUAGACAAGACAAAAGAUUACUGUCACUAUCAAAUAUUUUUAGGUUAUAUUAUUAAAAAUAAAGGCGGUAAACGUGAAAAACUCGAAAAACUGCAUGUUUUGUAACAAUACAUUGUGAAAAUAAAAAAAUACUUGAUUGGAUAAUUAUCAUUUAGAUAUAAAAAAAGAAAUGGAAAAGUACAGCCACCCUGAAAAGUGAAAAAUAUAUUCUAGCCAAGAUCGAGACGUAGAGGGGUUAAAAUAAUAAGCCAUUUUAAUAAAAGUAUCUAUUUCGACCGGUCAAAUUACCAAGAACCAACCAAGAAAAGCAGUAUAAUUCUAGUACUAGUUCGUUGCGAUGUUUAGAUUAUCCCGUCACACUGGAUACAUGAAUUUUAAGGAAAAUUUAAAUCAAUUUUCAACACCCAAAGUUUCCAGAACAGAAAGAAAAUAACUAGUAAAAGAAGUAAAACAAGAGAUAAUAUUCCUCGUCCUUGAGCCCUCCAAGCAUCUGCAGAGCACAGUCUCGCACCAAACAACCGCAGAUAGAGCUGCGAACGAAUAGUUCCUGACCUAGCCACUGUUCCCAAAGAGAAGGUUAGGGAGAAAGGGUUCGUGCAACGAUUGAGUGAAACUGCCAGAGUUCACCGUGGAUAACCGUUCCACCAGGGUAACGGUUCCAAAAGAACGAUUGGGUUAGAAUUCCGAGAAAAAUAGACAAUUGAUCCAGUACUGUGUGAGCAAGGAUAUAGCAAGUAAAUUCGAACUUAUACAGUAUGUAUCUCGAGGUGUGCGUGGCACCAGAAGGUUGUUAGAAGCCAGGAUAACACAAGUGUAAUACACACAACAAUACCUCACACACAAAAGUUACUACACUUACACAUUACAAGUCCUUACUACAAUACAAAACACAAAAAACGAAACAUGUCAGGUACCAGAUCUAGAAACAGACACAACAACAACCCUUCCCAAAAAAGACUGUCCCAACACGACCAACCCAGCACCUCAAAACAAAACCUAUCCAGCCCAUACGGUAACUGUUCAGAACCUGUUCAAGAGUAUACUCACAAAUACUACAUGAUGCAAAUUCCUACAAAACUUUCCAGUCAAAGAAAAUUUUCCAAAUUCCUAGAAGACCGGAACCUCCUCGAAGGAACCUCCUAUCUCCUAGAGGUUCAAGCAACCGAACAACAAGCAAUUCUAUACACCAACGGCCCAAUCCCUAAUUUCGACAAUUGGAAAGAAUGUCUAAAAUGCUGUAUAGGCAGAAGUAUCAUACAGAUACACAGAUACAAACCAUGGGACUUCAUGGACCCAGAUACAUCAACAACAGCACAGAGUCCGAAAAAUUCCGAACUCACAGAGCAAAACACUAUCACUGCCUCUCACUCUAUGGUCAACAACCCUUCCGAAUUACAAACAAAUCCAACCGAAAUAGACGACAAUAAUCUUUCUGUCGUCGCGCAAUGCUCAGAAAUGUCAGACGCAGAAUUCGACAGCGUACUGAGAGAUUUCCCGACAGAAUUCGACACAAAAUGUGCAAGCAUAUCCAAUAUGCAUAUCCAAAAAGAAAAACAAAUGAAACAAGAAGAAAAAGCACUGUCCCGACACGACCAACCCAGCACGUCAGAACAAAACAUAUCCAGCCCAUCCGGUAACUCUACAGAACCUGUACAAGAGUAUACUCACAAAUACUACAUGAUACAAAUUCCUACAAGACUUUCCAGCCAAAGAAAAUUUUCCAAAUUACUAAAGGAUAGUAACCUCCUUGAAGGAAUCCCCUUUCUCCUAGAGGUCCAAGCAACAGAACAACAAGCAAUCUUAUACACCAACGGUCCGAUCCCUGAUCUCGAAAAUUGGAAUAUCUGUAUAGGCAGAAGUAUCAUACAAAUUCACAGACACAAACCACUAGGCUUCAUAGACCCAGAUACAUCGCUAAACACUAUCACUUCCUCUCACUCUAGGGUCAACAACCCUUCCGAAUUACAAACAAAUCCAACCGAAAUAGAAGACGAUAAUCUUUCUGUCGCCCCGCAAUACCCAGAAAUCUUAGAAUUCACAAGAGUACUGACAAAAUACAUUACGGAAAUCGUCACAAAAUGUGCACAAAUAUCUAAUAUACAUAGCCAAAAUGAAAACCAAAUGAAACAAGAAGAAAAAACACUGUCCCAACACGGCCAACCCAGCACCUCAGAACAAAACCUAUCCAGCCCAUACGGUAACGCUGCAGAAGCUGUACUAGAGUAUACUCACAGAUACUACAUGAUACAAAUUCCUACAAGACUUUCCAGUCAAAGAAAUUUUUCAAAAUUACUAGAAGAUCAUAACCUCCUCGAAGGGAUCCCCUAUCUCCUAGAGGUCCAAGCAACAGAACAACAAGCAAUCAUAUACACCAACGGUCCGAUCCCUGAUCUCGAAAAUUGGAAACACUGGCUAAAAUGCUGUAUAGGCAGAAGUAUCAUACAGAUACACAGAUACAAACCAUGGAACUUCAUCGAGCCAGAUACAUAUUCCGAACUCACAGAGCAAAACACUAUCACUUGCUCUCACUCUAGGGUCAACAACCCUUCCGAAUUACAAACAAAUCCAACCGAAAUAGAAUACGUAAAACCUGUUCAAGAGUAUACUCACAAAUACUACAUGAUACAAAUUCCUACAAGACUUUCCAGUCAAAGAACAUUUUCGAAAUUACUAGAAGACCGGAAUCUCCUCGAAGGAAUUCCCUAUCUCCUAGAGGUCCAAGCAACAGAACAACAAGCAAUCCUAUACACCAACGGCCCAAUCCCUAAUUUCGACAAUUGGAAAGAUUGUCUAAAAUGCUGUAUAGGCAGAAGUAUCAUACAGAUACACAGAUACAAACCAUGGAACUUCAUAGACCCAGAUACAUCAACAACUCCACAGAAUCAGAAAAAUUUCGAACUCACAGAGCAAAACACUAUCACUCCCUCUCACUCUAGUCCCAGACUCUUUCUAUAUCCCGUCUUUCCAGCAGUACCAAUCACACCAAAUACUCCAACCAGCACACCAAUACACACACAAUCAAGUACCAGAUAUCCAACACCCCAUCCUCAACCUAGCACAACACCUACACACAACGCACAACCCCCUGUACACCACACACAACCUUCAACAGACUACAUAAAGUACAGAAUAAAGUAUAUCCCUCAAGACAUUUGCCAGCAACGAUUAUUCUAUCAGCUCAUCCUAACCAACAAUCUUGUUCCAAACUUGUACUCAAUAAAAGUCUUUCCAUACAAAAAGACAGCUUCUCUUUGGACAUUUCACUAUAUAGACCACAAAGUUCUUACAGCAAAUCUCCGACAAAUCACGGGAGACAUAUCCAUCUCCAUAAGCCCUAAGUGCAAAAUUCAGUCACAAGCUGCAAAUAAUCCAAAUCCUGCAAAACAUCAAACCAAUUUCCACUUAGUUAUUUCCGGCGUUGACAAAGAUUACUCCCUAAAAGAUAUCAAGGAAUGCCUAUCUGAAGAAAACAGAUUUCCAUUCACCAAAAUAGCUCGAAUUAUUGGCCGCUCUACUAAAAGCCGAACUUCUUUAGUCAGAGUUUUUACAAACUCUGAAACAAUGUACGAUGAUGCUCUCUUGAACGGAAUCCGGAUGUAUGGAAAACGGUUAAAUUGUCGGAUCCCUAAAGCAAGCAGUGGCGUUCCUAUCCGUCCAAAGAACUGUUGCAAAAGCGGAGAUGUCAGCUAAGAAUGCUCCCAAAAGGUCAUUACGUGUCCUAACUGCGGACUGUUUAUAAAUUGUUAAUAAAAUAGAUUAGUCCAUUCACUCAGGUAAAAUAUUGCAAAACCUGUGAAUGUUAAAGAACCUGUGAAUAUUAUCCCUAUUUCAUUAUCUCUUAUGUGUUCCAUUGCGCCUACUUCCUCUUCCGGGUUUUGUUUGCAUCUAUAUAGUUCUGUGAAGGGUGUUUCCCAUGAUCUAUUGUCAAUUUUAACUACUGGUUUGCCUUUCCUUUGUUGAGCUUUUAGGUAUCCAAAUAGUUGGGCGCUGUCGUUACUAUACUUUUCUAGAUCCGUUAACAGCUCUUUCAUCCACAGUUAUUCUUUUGUUGUUACAACAUUUAUCUGCUACUUUUUUUCUUUGUAUUCGUUUCGAUGAUGGUCUUCUUUAGUUGAUAUCCAUUUAUCUCUUGCUUGUUUUUUCUGUUUGAUUUUGAUUUCGUAUUUUGCAUCAAACCACUCUUUCCUUAUUUUUGUUUCCCUCUGUCCUAGCACCUCUUCAGCUGAAUUCAGAAUGGAUUAUUUUAUAUUUUUCCAUAUGUCCUCUGUGUUAUUUGCUUCUGUUAGAUUUUCUGCUUCUGCAUUAUUGUUCUCUUAGUUCCUGUACGUUUAACUUCUCCAGAUUCCAUCUUCUUUUGUUUUGUCUUGUUCUCUCUGUUUUAUUUUCUUCAUUUUCAUUUUUCUCCUAUUACUAGAAGAUGGUCUGUGCCCGCGUUUGCUUCUCUCUAUGAUCUGACGCCAUGCAUUAUUGCUUUCCAUUUUUUGGAUAUUAGUAUGUGAUCUAUCUGAUUGCCAUCUGUUGUGCCAGGUAUCAGCGAUGUUACUUUAUGCUCUCUUCUGUGCAUGCAGUUUGUGCUUAUAAUGUAACUGUUAUUGCUGCUAGUUUGCAUAAUUUUCUUACGUUAUCGUUUGUCUUGUCAUAAAUAGUUUCUUUCCUUGCUACUUCCUUAUUCUAGAUUUCUUUGCCUCUUUUUCCAUUGAAGUCACCAACCAUUAGUACUAAACUUACGUGCAUAGAAAUCGGCCCACUUAAAAAUAUGGUCAUUUUUGAUGUCUUAUCUUUCUUAAACCUGUUGGCCGAUUUAAGUGAUUUUUUAAACAUGCUAUAGCCUGAUUCUUUAACAAUACCACUGUAAUAAUAUUAUUGCUAAAAAGAUAAAUUUUCAUUGUAUACCGGGUGUACCAAUCAAACUGUGUUUUUUUCUCAAAGUUCGCAUCCCCUGUGGAAUAUUCUAUCAUUUAUAAAAUACUGAAAUUAAAACCCAACUAUAGCCUCAGGUUUUCUUAACAUUCUGUUUUUUGAUUCAUUCGUUUAUGUUGGAUUAUAAAAAAGUUAUGUACUUUAACAACUAGACAUGUUCUUCAUCAAUACACAAUGUUUCUAAAUAAGUGCGACAAACUUUAAGGUAUAAUUCUGCAUGAAAAAAUGACAGUUGGCUUUAUAAACGUAUGUCCGCAAAUGUUUCGUUUCCGAGAUACGGAAUGUCGAAUUUUUUCUUACAAACUGACGAUUUAUUUUAUUGCUUUAAAACCGGUUGAGAUAUGCCAAUGAAAUUUUGUGGGUUUUAAGACGUAGUUAUUGCACAUUUUUUGACAUACAAUUAAAAAUUUAAUAUUCACCAUUAGCGCGCUUACGCCCAGAUAGCACAAGUACGUUUUAUGGACAUCCAAUGGACGUACAUCUGUGUACAUUGGAACGUCCAAUGGACGUCCCGCUAAGGUACAAUGGACAUCCGAUGGACGUCCAACGAACGUCCAGAGUUCACAAAAUUGGACGUCCAUAGAACGUCCGCUACAAACGUACAGUGUACGUUGUUGAAGCUUUCAGUGACUAUCUUAUGUACAUUCAAUGUACAUCUGAUGUACAUUCAGUGUACGUCUUAUAAUCAUUUUUGUAGGGCACUUUUCAGAAAACUAUCUGGUGUCCAUAAUUUUUUGAAUACAUACAUAGCAAAAAGCCUUUAGGUAUAGGAAAUAGUUCCUAUAAUACUUUAAAAUAUUACAAAAAAUACCUUUUUUAUUUCUCUUUAUUAUAACUUUAUUAUAGGAACUUCAUUAAUGCACGACUGCACUUGCACGAUAAACAGGAAACACAAUGAUAUCACAGGAUUAUUAUAUUGUAUGUAAUAACGUAAUAAAGACAAAAUUCAGAUAAUGGCGCGCCAUCAAGCCAAGUAUGCCAUUUAAGAGGUUUAUUUCUGUUCUGUUCUUUCCAAACAUUAUUAGAACUUAGAGUCAGUACGGUUGUAUAUUGCAAGCGGGUUUUCCAUUCUGUGAAUUAUCAUAAAUACAUCCUCCUUCAGUAUUCCACAACAAUUAACAGCGAUAAUCCCCUAAAAGUACCUGCCUAAUACACCUUUUACGACCGAUAGCGUGAAGAGCGACAACGUUGUAAAGAAGAUUCUCAUUUAGUUUGGCGCGAAAUUUAACAGUUACAAAAUGCACAUUUAAGAUUUAAAUUUGUAGUGUCUAAUUAUUGUAAGUUCAAUAAUUACCGAUGCGCGAUGUAGCUCCGUUAUUCUGAAAAAGUUUUCCAUCCUUUUAUCAUCAUCUAAUAUUAUAUAGGUUUAAUUAAAAUAAUUUUAGUGGUUCAGUGUUUUAAUUCGAUGAUGAAAAAAUAUGUGACUACAUUUAUUAAAAGCUUCUUGUAUUCUACUAAUAAUAUUGCUUUGAUUAAAACAAGAAGCUAUAUAUAAUUACUCAUAAUAAUAGUCGCGUUUUGUGUAAAAUCUCCAUGGACCACAAAUGGAUGUCCAAUGUACGUUGAAAUCACACGUCCAAUGGACGUCGCGUAAUGGACGUACAUAGUACGUCCAGUUUUGGUCCAUGGACGUUUGGACGUAAAUGUACAUUAUAUGGACGUCCAUCGGACGUUGUGUGCUAUAUGGGCGUGUAAUACGACCGAUCAGAUUACUUGUAUGCACGCUAAUGGUGAAUAUAAAAUUCUUAAUUUUAUGUAAAAAAAUCCGCAAUAACUAUAUCUUAAAACCUACCAAAUUUCAUUUGCAUAUCUCAACUGGUUUUAAAGCAAUAAAUAAAUCCUCAGUUUGUAAGAAAAAAUUCAACAUCCCAUAUCUCCGAAACGAAACAUUUGCGGACAUACGUUUAUCUAUCAUUAAUUUUUCAUGCAGAAUUACCCCUUAAAUUUUGUCGCACUUAUUUAAAAACACCGUGUUUUGAUGAAGAACAUGUCUAGUUGUUAAGGUAACUAACUUUUUUAUUGAAGUUAUACUUCAAAAUGUUUUAAUUUAUGUAUGUAUCAGUCCAGAAAAGGUGUGGAAAGAAUAUAUAUUAGUGUUUUUAAAUAUAUUUUUCUACAAACGUGUUAAAAAUGCUACUUUAAGGCACUAGUGCUUUAAAAUUUUUAAGGCACAACUUUAAAAGUGAAUUGUCAAAUUGUGAAACGUCAAAAUAUUUAUAUUUCAUUUAUUAACAUUAAUAUUAAUAAUACAACUUGCGCAAUUUGAAAAAGGUGGUUUAAAAGGUUUUUUAUUAUAAUUUUGUCUUUGGAUUUGUCUUCCUUGGGCGUAAAAUAAUAAAACAUCUAUUUUUAUAUUUCACUUGUCACCGUGAUGUAUAAUUAUUUAUAUCUGAAAGGUAAGUAGCGUGCGGCUUGAUGGCCUUGUUGGUAGAGCAUUGGACCAGAGAUCAAAAAAUCGCGAGAUUGCGGGUUCAAAUCCCGGACGAUUCAUACUUUUUUCUUUUUUUUUUAAUAUUUGGCAUUGUUAAGUUUUGGUUCAUUUUUGGUAAUUAUUGUUAAUUUUUUGUAUUGUAACUGUUAAGUAGGUAUAUUUAUUUCGUUGAAAUUAUAUUAUAAUAGAAGUAUAACUUCUUACGUGCGUACAAAGUACACACACAUUCUUUUUAUUCAACAUAAACGAAUGAAUCAAAAAAGAGAAUGUUUAGAAAACCUGAGGCUAUAGUUGGGUAAUAACAUAAUAAUAACAUAAUUUCAGUAUUUUAUAAAUGCUAGAAUAUUCCACAGGGUGAUGCGAACUUUGAGAAGAAACACAGUUUGAUUGGUACACCCGGUACACAAUGAAAAUUUACCUUUUUAGCAACAAUAUUAUUACAGUGGUAUUGUUAAAUA